AGUCAGUCCGCGAGGAGAGUCCGCGGUGGCAGUGGAGCGAGCGGGAGCUGCGGGGGCCGUAGGAAGCCAACCUUCCCUGUUUUCCCGGGGCCCCAGCCCCCUCCUCCCCACCAAACCAGGGAUGGAGGCGACUCCUCUGCACCCAUUUAGCAGCCCUCCCCGGGAAAAAUGUCCCCCCUGAGCUCCUCCCCCUUCUCAAGCGGCUACCCCCGCCCCCCAACUAUGGGUCCGGGGGCCCCCUCCCCCCGGGUGGGGUGGCCACUGACACUCCUGGUGGUGAUGGCGGCGGGGGUGGCUCCAGUGUGGACCUCCAACUCCCCUCACCUCCUUCGGCCUCACCCGCGGGUCCCUCCGCACCCCUCCUCAGAACGGCGCGCAGUGUACAUCGGGGCGCUGUUCCCUAUGAGCGGGGGUUGGCCCGGGGGCCAGGCCUGUCAGCCCGCGGUGGAGAUGGCGCUGGAGGACGUGAAUAGUCGCAGGGACAUCCUGCCGGACUAUGAGCUCAAGCUCAUUCACCACGACAGCAAGUGUGACCCAGGCCAAGCUACCAAGUACCUGUACGAGUUGCUGUACAAUGACCCUAUCAAGAUCAUCCUAAUGCCUGGCUGCAGCUCCGUCUCUACGCUUGUGGCUGAGGCUGCCAGGAUGUGGAACCUCAUUGUGCUUUCGUAUGGCUCAAGUUCACCAGCCCUGUCAAACCGGCAGCGUUUUCCUACAUUUUUUCGAACUCAUCCAUCAGCCACACUCCACAACCCGACUCGUGUGAAACUCUUUGAAAAGUGGGGCUGGAAGAAGAUCGCCACCAUCCAGCAGACCACCGAGGUCUUCACUUCGACUCUGGACGACCUAGAGGAACGAGUGAAGGAGGCUGGAAUCGAGAUUACUUUUCGUCAGAGUUUCUUCUCAGAUCCAGCUGUGCCCGUCAAAAACCUUAAGCGUCAGGAUGCCCGAAUCAUCGUGGGACUUUUCUAUGAGACCGAAGCCCGGAAAGUUUUUUGUGAGGUGUACAAGGAACGUCUCUUUGGGAAGAAGUAUGUCUGGUUCCUCAUUGGGUGGUAUGCUGACAAUUGGUUCAAGACCUAUGACCCGUCUAUCAACUGCACAGUGGAUGAGAUGACUGAGGCGGUGGAGGGCCACAUCACCACUGAGAUUGUCAUGCUGAACCCUGCCAACACCCGAAGCAUUUCCAACAUGACAUCCCAGGAGUUUGUGGAGAAACUGACUAAGCGACUAAAAAGACACCCAGAGGAGACAGGAGGCUUCCAGGAGGCACCGCUGGCUUAUGAUGCCAUCUGGGCCUUGGCGUUGGCCCUGAACAAGACGUCUGGAGGUGGCGGCCACUCAGGUGUACGCCUGGAGGACUUCAACUACAACAAUCAGACCAUUACCGACCAAAUCUACCGGGCAAUGAACUCCUCGUCCUUUGAGGGUGUCUCUGGCCAUGUGGUGUUUGAUGCCAGUGGCUCUCGGAUGGCAUGGACACUUAUUGAACAGCUACAGGGUGGCAGCUACAAGAAGAUUGGCUACUAUGACAGCACCAAGGAUGAUCUUUCCUGGUCCAAAACAGAUAAGUGGAUUGGAGGGUCACCCCCAGCUGACCAGACCCUGGUCAUCAAGACAUUCCGCUUCCUGUCACAGAAACUCUUUAUCUCCGUUUCGGUUCUCUCCAGCCUUGGCAUUGUCCUAGCUGUUGUCUGUCUGUCCUUUAACAUCUACAACUCCCAUGUCCGUUAUAUCCAGAACUCACAGCCCAACCUGAACAAUCUGACUGCUGUGGGCUGCUCGCUGGCGUUAGCUGCUGUCUUCCCCCUUGGGCUGGACGGUUACCACAUUGGGAGAAGCCAUUUCCCCUUUGUCUGCCAGGCCCGCCUCUGGCUCUUAGGCCUGGGCUUCAGUCUGGGCUAUGGCUCCAUGUUCACCAAGAUCUGGUGGGUCCACACGGUCUUCACAAAGAAGGAGGAAAAGAAGGAGUGGAGGAAGACCCUGGAGCCCUGGAAGCUGUACUCCACGGUGGGCCUGCUGGUGGGCAUGGAUGUCCUCACUCUUGCCAUCUGGCAGAUUGUGGAUCCCUUGCACCGAACCAUCGAGACUUUCGCUAAAGAGGAGCCGAAGGAAGACAUUGAUGUUUCUAUUCUGCCCCAACUGGAGCACUGCAGCUCCAAGAAGAUGAACACUUGGCUUGGCAUUUUCUAUGGUUACAAAGGGCUGCUGCUGCUGCUGGGAAUCUUUCUUGCUUAUGAGACCAAGAGUGUGUCCACUGAGAAGAUCAAUGACCACCGGGCGGUGGGCAUGGCCAUCUACAAUGUGGCGGUCCUGUGCCUCAUCACUGCCCCUGUCACCAUGAUUCUCUCCAGCCAGCAGGAUGCAGCCUUUGCUUUCGCCUCUCUUGCCAUCGUUUUCUCCUCCUAUAUUACUCUGGUUGUGCUCUUUGUGCCCAAGAUGCGCAGGUUGAUCACCCGAGGGGAGUGGCAGUCGGAGGCACAGGACACCAUGAAGACAGGGUCAUCGACCAACAACAAUGAAGAGGAGAAGUCUCGGCUGUUGGAGAAGGAGAACCGCGAAUUGGAAAAGAUCAUUGCUGAGAAAGAGGAGCGAGUCUCUGAACUGCGCCAUCAGCUCCAGUCUCGGCAGCAGCUCCGCUCCCGGCGCCACCCCCCGACACCCCCGGACCCCUCUGGGGUCCUUCCUAGGGGCCCCUCUGAACCCCCUGACCGGCUUAGCUGUGAUGGGAGUCGGGUUCAUUUGCUAUACAAGUGAGGGGGGUGUAAGGGGGACAAGCCAGUGGGGGAGGGCAAGGGAGGAGGUCAGGGGUGGUGGACUCAGGAGAAGCAGGGGAUCCUUAUCCCCAGUGGGGAAGGACAUGCUAUCCAAUCCCAUCACUUGUAAAUAUGUGUCCCUCUGUGAGCCCUGGUGUUACCUAUGUCUCCAAUACUCUGGGAAACAGACCUUUUCUCUCUUAGUCAUUCACGUAAUUUUCUGUCACUGCUUUGUAAUUUACUUUGCACCUUGCUUGAAGCUACUGACUGACUCCUCAGCGGCCUCACUACAUCCUUCUCUUCUCAUACAGCACUCCUGUCUAGUUACCACGGCAACUUCCCAAGCUCCCUUACUUAGGGGUCUCCCCCAAAGUGCGCUUUCUACCCCAAGAGGGCCUCUCAUUCCUCUCACCGUCGUCAUCACCUUCCAUCCUACUCACCCCUCUGCAUAUUCCCUAGUUUUAUCACCUUGAUUUUUGCUUCUUUUGGGGACUCAUUCUUUGCGCCAGGGGUCACGUGCUCCUUUCCUUCGCUCUGUGCAUGCUCAAGCUUCCAACACACAUGCUGUGUCCCUGUCUUUGUUCCCACUGGACAUACUCAGGUGCACACGUGCUGUUCACAUGUGCUACCGGCAGUCACAUGUGCUCUCUGCGUACCCUCCAUGCAUAGCUACAUGUGCUCCUCAUGUGGUCAUGGGUGUGCCCUUGUGUGGUCAUGGAUGUGCCCUCAUGUGGUCACAGGUAUAUCCUCGUGUGGGUUUUGGUAGGUGUGUACAAUUUCUUUAGCAUGCUCAGUGAUAUUUUCCCUACCCACACAUCCACGUGUAUCUGUGUACUUCCCUACGUACCCUCAUGGUACCUUGUGUACCUUCUUCCCUUUGCACCUCAAAAUCAUUGUAUUUUUCCAACAGAGCCAUAUGUGCCAGCCUGGCACCUUGUAAUGUACUUUUCCCCAAUUCUUCUUUGCUGGGGCCAUCCACUACCUGUUUCCGCUCAAACUUGUCUCCUCUCUUCUUUGUACCCAUGUACCACUCUCAGUCUACACACACAAUCACCCU